UUAUGAUCUUUGCCUUCAGCCAUGCGCUUGUGUUUUCAGGUUUUGUUGGUUUUGUGAGCGUUAAGAUACGUAUGAAUGUAGGCGUAUACUUAAUAUGUUUUUAGCAUAAGAGACCCUGAGGGAAAUGUCCUGUAUUGAGAAGUGUUUGGAAGGUCAAAGGAAAAAUGCACAAUCAAAGGAUGGAAGAAUGAGGAUCUCUAGUGUUGCUACAAAAUAGGUUUGAACGCGAAACUGAAACCGGUCGGACGCCAUGUUUGGAAGCCAAGCCCACGAUUUGCAAAUAAUUGUUGCAUUAUUAUGUUUAUCUUCUUCCCUGGUCAUACCUGUCCAUGCAGAUGAGACAAAGUUGGAAAUCAUGGAUAUGUACAUUUCUCCAAAUUUGACAUUUUGUGACAAUGCUACAGUUGUGUGCAAAGUGAGACCAUCUUAUGGUGAUGUAUGGUGGACUUUCUCUGGGAAGAACAUCAGUGAAGAAGAGAGAUACACAAGAAAAUGUGCACGAGAUGAAGACAUUGCUGUGUGUUCAUUGCACGUGGACUGCAUCAGUGUGAAUGAUAUUGGCAACUACACAUGCCAUAUGGAUAAUUCAGAUGAUUAUGAACAGGAUGGAGUCGAACGCAGUGUAUUCCUUAAUCUUACAGUCCCAGCAAAGGUGCUGAGUGCAAGAAAUUCAGUGGAGAUUGCAGUGGGGAAAACAGCAGAACUGGCUUGCAGUAUUCAUGGCUAUCCUAUAGAGGUUUUCGAUUGGCAGAAGCUUAAUGGUGGUGUUGAAAAGCUCAGCAGUGAUGUCAACCAAAUUAAUGAUACUCUUGUAGAGUCAAAGUUGCGUCUGGGACCUGUAAGUCGCAAGGACAAUGGAACAUACCGCUGCAUAGCAUUUGGAUCACAGGGUGAAGUGAGCAAAGAUGUACAUCUGUUAGUUUUAGACAAACCUCUUGUAAAAAUAGACUUCAUAAAGGCAGUUGGAAGGAAUAGAAUCUUCAUGAAUUGGACAGUGAAUGAUGGAAAUCAGCCAAUACAAGAAUACUUUAUUCAGCACAUGAAGAAUGCUACAGGCUCAUGGACCUAUUACCCAGAACAAAUUGGUGGAGGCAACACAAGCUAUGUUAUAAGAAACCUUGAUAACAACACAGCAUAUGAGAUUCGGCUCAGUGCUAAGAAUGCCAUGGGUAUGGGAAAUAUGAAUACAUGGCAGGGAUGGGUACGGACUCUUGAUAAAGAUCCCUACUUUGUGCCAGAGAUAUCAGUAAAAGGAGUAACACUCAACUCCAUCACAAUUGGUUGGUCACAGCCACCAGAGGAAAUGAGGGAUCAUGUUCACUAUUACAUGUUAAUUGUCCAGAACAACAGUACAACAAAAGAAGCAUUUCACCCUGAACAAUCUAUGAACCUCUUCCUGUUCACAGACUUACAGGCUGCCACAACAUAUCGUUUUAAGGUUUCUGCAUGCAGUUACUAUACAAAGCAGUGUGGGAACUGGUCCAAAGAAGCAAAUGGAACAACGAUGGAUGGGGAAUCAAGUGCACCUGAGAAUGUGAGCUUAGUAUGUCGUUUUGACAACAUCAGCCAUACAAGUUUUGUGUAUGUAACAUGGACCCCACCUAUACAGCCUAAUGGCCAGAUCAUGCACUACAAUGUAAUACUGCGAGGUGAGGCCAGUUUUAAAAAUGAGAGUGGUUUGAUGCAAAAAAUUUAUUCAGAGCCAAAGGUAAAACGAGUCGAAGGAAAGCAACAUAGCACACGCUUUGACCUAGUUCCGCCCAACACCAACUAUACUGUUAAAGUAUCAGGUGUCACACGCAGUCGACACCAAGGAGAAGAAGCAACCUGCCAUUGCACCAUGCCGCCAACAGUCCCAGAUAAAGACAAACUGGCUCGUUUCAGUUGGAGGAAGUUGGAAGAACAAGGACAUUGGCUCUUCAAGCUUCUGCUGCCACGUGUAACAGAACGCAAUGGCCCAAUCUGUUGCUACAGGGUUUUUCUGGUUAAACUGGAACCACAUCAGAGUGUGGCUGAUCUUCCAGCGCCUGAAGAUUUCCAUGUUUCAUCAUAUGAAGAAGUGCACCAUAGUAAGAAAGGUGGUGCGUAUGUUGCUGAAAUGUUUGAAAGUAAUUCUCUAAUCAGUGAAGUAUUCUUGGGUGAUGGGCAGACGAUGCAUGUCAACAGUUCUGCUUGCGAUCAUUGUAUUGGACUUCGACCGAAACUUCAUUUGCAUAAGACCACCCACUUGCCUAUUUCUACCACCCAUGUUCCUACAGCUGCCACAGCUACCCUCCCUGAAGUAUCUGGCAACAUGGAUCCUCCUGCAGUGUCCCCAUCAGUGGAUUAUUUUAGCAGUACAUUUGAACCCAGUCUGGAGCCCAUCCGUGUUCGACGUGCCGAGUCAACCUUUGCUCCUGACCCUGUGCCAACACUUGUUCUGCCUCAAGUCCCAGUACCUAGUAUGUCACCACCACCUCCCCACACCAGCAUUGGACCAGUGACUCAGAUGGACAUUGUGGGCGGUCAGUUCCCAGUACAUGAUGGCCAGCUUGAUAGCAACAGCAACUAUACAGGAUUUGUGGAAGUGAUAGUGUUUGGGCCCGAGCAGAUGCUGUUGCCCGCAUACAGUGGGUACUUUAUGGUACUGAAACCAGGACUCCAGGUACUGCAAGCUGCUGAGCAGUCUCAGGUGUUGGCACUGGUUCUGCAGGUUCUCUGUGCGUUGAUUCUCAUCGUGCUCGUGCUAUUACUCUCCCUUUGUCUGCUUCAGCGCUACACCAAGCAGGUGGCAGAAGCCCAGGGUGUUGAGAUGACUUUGACCAAUUCCUUCAGACACUUGUGUCGCAGUUUACGUGGACGUCACGUGUUGGUGUCUGCUAGCCCACCUGACAUGACACCUAUAGCCAAGGCUGACCUGACCAUGGCAUAUGUGGAGAGACACAGGGACUCAGAUUAUGGCUUCCAGCAUGAGUUUGAAUUACUGCCAGAUCGUUUCCCAGACCGCACCACACGCCAUUCAGAGGCUCGAGAAAAUGCAUACAAGAAUCGAUAUCCAGACAUCAAGGCAUAUGACCAGACACGAGUUCGACUGUCUCAAGUGGACAGUGUAGUAGGUUCGGAUUACAUCAAUGCCAACUUUGUUGUGGGCUACAAAGAACGCAAGAAGUUUAUAUGUGCACAAGGGCCUAUGGACAAUACUGUGUGUGACUUCUGGCGAAUGGUAUGGGAACAGCAUCUGGAAUUAAUUCUCAUGCUAACAAACUUGGAAGAAUAUAGCAAAACCAAAUGUGCCAAAUAUUGGCCAGAUGAUGCAGAAGGGGACAAAAUGUUUGGUGACUUUGGUGUAGCACAUGUGCGAGAAAAGAGAUACUCAGAUUAUAUUGUACGUGAAUUAAAAAUGUGGCGGACAUGUGGGAGUGGAAUCAAGGACCGAGAAAAAGAGGAAAGAAGCAUAGUGCAAUACCACUAUCUAGUAUGGAAAGACUUUAUGGCUCCAGAGCAUCCAGCAGGAAUCCUCAAGUUCAUAAGGAGGAUGAAUGAAGCUUACUCACUAGAAAAAGGACCCAUUCUAGUUCAUUGCAGUGCAGGAGUAGGUCGGACAGGCACACUAGUGGCCCUAGACUCUUUGUUGCAGCAAUUGGCUGAAGAGGGCCAUGUGGCAAUUUUCAAUACUGUGUGUGAUCUGCGCCAUCAGCGCAACUUUUUAGUUCAGUCAUUGAAACAGUAUAUAUUCAUUUACCGAGCACUAAUGGAGGUAGCACAGUUUGGAGACACUGAGUUAAAGGUAACAGAGCUGAAGAGUGCUGUAGAGAAACUGAGGCAGAGGGAAAAUGGAAAAGAUAGAUGCAAGAUGGAAGAUGAUUUUGAGAAAAUCAAUCGUGUGGUUGAAGAUCGCAAAUCAUUCUCAGUUGGAGGUGGAGAGGAGAAUCGAAACAAGAAUCGCAGUGAACUCGUUAUACCAUAUGAUAGGAACCGUGUGAUCCUCACUCCUGUUCCAGGACGAGAACAUUCCACCUACAUCAAUGCAUCAUUUAUUGAAGGUUAUGAUAAUUCUGAGUCUUUCAUCAUCACUCAAGACCCACUUGAGUCUACAAUAGCAGACUUCUGGCGCAUGGUUUCUGAACAGAGUAUCACCACACUAGUCAUGCUCUCUGAUUUGGGUGAUGGAUCAAAGAAAUGUAUCCGAUAUUGGCCGGAUGAUGAGAUUAGUCUUGAACAUAUUCAUGUGAAAUAUAUUCAGAGUGAGAGUUGUCCAUAUUACACACGAAGAGAAUUGUGCGUAACGAACACAAAGACUGAUGAAAAUGUGGUGGUGACCCAGUUCCAGUACAAUGGGUGGCCAACAGUAGAGGGUGAAGUUCCAGAGGUCACAAGAGGACUAAUUGAAUUGGUUGAUCAGACCCAGAAUCAUCAAGAAGCUCAUGGUGGUUCAGGUCCUAUUGCUGUACAUUGCAAUUGCGGCUCCGAUCGUAGCUCCAUGUUUGUUGCAUUAAGCAUUUUGGUGCAACAGCUGCAUACAGAGAAAAGAGUUGAUAUCUUCACUGCAACACGGAAGCUGAGAUCACAGCGCCAUGGAAUGUUGCAGACAUUUGCUCAGUAUGAAUUCCUGCACCGUGCCAUUGUAAAUUAUGCAGACCUCCAUCACCUUACAGAAGAUCCAGCCUAGGCUGUGAUAAACAUCAAGUUGCAUUCCAUCAAGAUGAGUCAAACCAGGCUCUGAAUUUGAACUCCUGCUGAGCCAUGUUGUUGAACUCUGCUUAGUUAAUCUGUUGACUUCCACUUUUCAGCUGUUUGAUUACUGAAGUGUCAGCUGAGUGCCUGUGUAUGUGUGUUUAACACACAGUUGUACAUAACAGUAACUGAAUAUGUGCAAUCACAUUUGGGGCAUGGACAUAUAUAUAUAUAUAAAAUGGACACGUGUUAUGGAUAACAUUGUGCCAGCAGUGACUCAAUUUUAUCAUGCCAAAUUCAUAGCUGGAACAAAUUACUCACCAUCACGUAUGCUAAAUACUUGUGGAUUGUAUUCCGAUUGGCUUGUCUCAUGCACGAGUAUGUCAGAAAAUUGUAGCAUUUCAUUCUUUGUACCUUAAGCUGCUGUCUCAGUCAUGAUGGUCUUUGUGAUAUGCAAACAUCUUCACAUACAUGUCUGUGUAUGUCCUCACUGUCGUGUGUUUGCAGUGUUAUACAACAUGGCAGACACUCAGCACCUACUUGAAGAUGCCCACCCAUUUUAUUAUUCAUUGUGACUUGUCAUGUAUUGUGUGGUUCUCAGUUUAGUGUCUUGGUUCAGUUCUGUCUGAUAAUGUACAACAUGUAAAACAUAACAUAGAUCUGUUAACAUCAUGUCCAAGAAGUAAUAUGUGAGUUGGCCUUGAAGUAGGUGUUAAUUGAAAUGUUUGAGGGAGAAAUUCAGAAAGGUUAAUGAACUUUUAUCACGGAUAUCUGCUGUACUGCAUUUCAUGUUGCAACUAAUCAAGCCCCCUGAAAACUUAUAUACUUAGGCCAAGCCAUAUUCUUUCAUUCACUGAUUGAAAUCAGGAUGAAUUUUGAAGGUAUUCAAAGUGAUAUAAAUAAUGUGAAUUACUACUGGUUUAUGGGCCUCCAAGUUUUUAUGCUCGUUUCUUAAAUCAGGCUCCAAGACUGUUACACUCAGGCUCCACACUACUUGAAGGAUAAGUUUAUAACAAAAAAAAAAUCAGUAUCAGCAGAAUGGAGCUCUUGCAGAACUUAAGCAAAACCAUUUUGACUUGAAGCAUUUUAAUCCAAAAAGAAAAGUAAGAAAACGCUAUUUACUACCUUCAACCAUGUAAAUUUGUUUAUAAAGCAAAUGGCAAGUUAAUCAUGUGCUUGACAUUUGAUUAGCGGUAUUUCCAGUUUUUAAAUAAUUAGUAUUUUAAUGUUUAUGGAAAAAUGACUUUGAUAAGAAUAUAUACGACAUUUUAUAUACACACUGUAUGAUACUCUUAGUUUGAAAGACUGUCAGAUUCAGUUACUGUGAAGUUUAUUUUUUAUAUCAGAUAAUGUUGGUACUAAUUUCUAAAAAUAUCAGUAUUUUCUAUUUAUAAUCUCAUCAGCAUAGCUAGAUAGUGCCAGUCUUUUAGUGUUAGUAAUAUAUUGCCAUUAUGUUGUUCUCACUGCAUUAAAAGAGACGCUUUCAAAGAAGUGAUUAAUUUAAGGAUGGAAGAAUGAAGGACUCUAUUGUGUUUACUGACUGCAGUAAAAGGGGAGGAUCAGGUUGUGGAUCAAAACAUAAUUAAAGUACAGGUUAUCUAAGCUUUCAGUAUUUUUACAGUUUAUUGUUAUGGGAUAAAAUUUUAAACACUCGGAAGUGUGCAUUUAUUACACACAGGAUGCUUUGUAUAUUUAGUAUUAUGAUAGCAGUACGUUCAGUAUAGAAAGUAUAUGUAGGGCGAGGGCACAUCAGAGAAACUGGCAACUGCAUUUUCUAAGAAAUGUCACCAAUUUCAAGCAUGCAACAGAACGGGAAAAUAAAAACAUUUGGUGCAUCCGUUCUCCUGUGACAGUUUAAACUCAGGUUCUUAUAUUCACUUGUUUCGAAAGAACUUAACCAGGAUCUGGACUCCUUCAUCCCAUGAGAAGUUCUUUCCCAAGUCUAUUUUGUCCUGCCUUACAUAGUCUGGAUGACAUUUGUCAUAUAUACCAGGCUCCAGCUCAAUUAACUUUGCUACUACAGGACUGUGAGAAGACUGGCUUGCUUAGUUGCCUGGUAGUUGAGUUUUUUAGUCUUCCACGAGUUUCGUUGUAAUCGCAUUGGCAUUUCCUUGGUUUGCAUUCCUUAGUUCAGUUCUCUGUGUUCAGCUCAGUCUGAGGAUGAUUCUCAGAAAUUGUGGUUGCCAGUUCCUGUGGUAUGCCCUUGCCCUUAGAUUUUUGUAGUUAUCAUUUUGAUACAAAAUUAUACAUAUACUUAGAAACACAAGAGUUCCUAAUUCAGUGAAAUAAAACUCAGUCAGACCUGUACUUUGUGUGAUGGAUAAGAAAGUUAGGUGGUUUUGUAGAAACUUUUAGUUUAUUCCACUGUGUUCAGCAUAUUUUAUGACAUAACAGAUCUGAAGCCUGCGAUUCCCAUCUUCUCAUUUUCUUUUACUGGAUUCUUUCCAUAGAAACAGUUUUGUUUUUUAUCACUUUUCCCUAUGUAGUUUCCAUUUUUAUUGUACUGGCUUCUCUCGCCAAAACAGACAUGUUAACUCAGCAUAAUUUUAUGUCCCUCACAUUGUUCAAGGAGUACAGACCAUGACAGAAUCUUAUUGUGUGAACAAAUUAAUUCAUGAGUCAUGAUAUUCAGUCAGAAUGUGUCAUCAACUGAUGCUGUAUUUGUGCUGCUGACUGAUAUCUGGUCCUUCCCUUACGAACUUAAUUUCAUAAGCAUUGGUUUUUGUUUGUUACUUAGGCUUUAUAUUGUGAGUGUUAGCAGGCCUGGCAAGGUGGUCACCAUAUGCAUGCAUGAGUUCAGGCAGAUAAUAUCACAGAUGGUCAAAGUAAAUGUUUGGUUUCAGGUUUAGACUCUCCUUGUUCAUGUGGAGUUGCACCAGGCAAGUUUUGUUAAAAUCUUGUGAAUUCUGUAAUCUAGUCAUUGCAGGGUGCAUCAGCACUUGCCUCCAGAACAGAAAGUGAAAGUCAAAACAAUAUCCUCUUAAUCAGUAUGGACUAAUGAAAACUAUGAAUUUCAGCUUAAAAUAAACUUAGUAUGUCACAAAAUGUAAUCUCAGGUUCUGUUUAACUCUCAUGUUAUUGUGGUUGACAUGUACGUGCAACAUUUGGAGGAGUGAUCAGCAUUUUAAUAACUUCCUUUGUUCUGUUUAACAGAAUUUUGAAAAUUUGCAUUUUUACCAGAAUGUUACCAUGCUAUGCUACAGUGUUAUGGUACUUGUUUUAUUGUGUCUUUAUUAUGAAGUAAUAUGAAUUUAGUUAUGUAUGUGAAUACAGUGCUCAAGAAGGAUAUAUGAUACAGUUGCAAGUAAUUUUGUCUUAUCACACCUGAGAAAAGGUGCAGUGGUCUAGGAAAUUUAGAGUUUUCCAUGGAAGUAGAUGAAACACAGACUCAUCACUGGGUUAAUUAGGCCAGAAGUUCAGUAUUCAGUUUAUUCCUUUUCUAACUGUGUCAGAAGAAUAAUAUAUGUAUCUUUAAAGGUCAAGUCCAUACCAGUUUAUUGUGCCAUUUCCCACCAUCAGGAAGGCCUGUGUCAAGUAAAUGGGUUGCACUAAAGAUGUUGGUGUAAUUAAUGCUAAGUUAGGACAUAAUUAAACAAGGCAAGUAGAGACAUCUCAAAGUGUUGGAAUUAUGGCAGCAAACUGGAACAUACAACAUUAAAAAAGUUGAUCAAUUUGCUGACAAGUGGCAGUCGCUCAGUCGGUAUAGUUUGGUUUCAGACUCCAGGCUUCGGAGUUGGUUAGAUCAAAGUGUUGGUAUAAGAUGAACUCUGUUCAGAUAUAAUUUUCUUGACAGCAAAAUGUAAUUUUUUACAGCCAGUUGCAGAAACAAAUCCUAAUGCCACCCUCAGAAUCAGUGAAUCUUUGAAUGAUACUUGUUUUAUAUUGUUGCAACUUCAAAGGUCUCGUUGCUGUGUGAGAAGAUUCCAGUGACAUAUGCAACUAAUCAUAUUAAUAUUCAUUGGAUUUGUUUCUGAAGAAGCCCUAGUUUCAUCUAAUUUUUCUUCCAUACUGUUUCCCAUCGGUUCUGUCCAACACUCAUCUUUUACUACAAAACGUUUUUACCAAUCAGUACAUCGACUUGUCAAGACCAUCAGCCAAGAAGUUUUUAUGGCAUAUUCUAUGAAGUGACUUUUUGUUGCAUAUUUAGACUAAGAAAUCACAUUGCUCGAUACCAUAUACCAUAUUCUCGGUAUCAGUCCACUACAAGGAAAAGAGCAACUGAUUUGGUUAUUAUCCUGUGUAAGACUCACUGGAAGGGCAUAUGACAAUUAUGCUUCCACCAAAUUACUCUUGGCAUGCACAUUCGCAGUGUCAUAAGUUGAAAACCGUGUAUAUAAUGACUACUGCAGGAUGUAAUUGGUGACCAUAUUAUAUUGCCUUGUAUUACCAGUAUGAAAAUGUGGGGUUUCUUUAAUAUGGGAAACUUGUGUGCACAUCCUAUUAUGUAAACUCCAUAUUUUUAUAACUUUGUGCAAGUAAUCUCACAGUUGUCAUGUGCACACUGCUGAAAACCGAAGUGAAUUAUAUUCAUAUAUUUAUAAGUUCCACAUUUCCUAGUAUUUAGAUUUUAGUAUCAGCAGUAUAUGAGUUAAGAAAUUUUGUAUAUUAUUACAUUUGACACUAUCUAAUUUUUGAUAAGCUACAAAAUAAAACAACUAACAUUAUAUGUUCAAUGCAGUAAUUAAUUCAGUGUUAACUUUUUUUCACAUGCCUUAAUUUCUGUGAGUAUAAAAAAAAAGGACAUUCCUUGUGUACUGGAACCUAGUUGAAAUAAAAUGAUAUUUCUUA